AUGGAUCUUGAUGCUUCUUUUGCCGCUCUAAAUUCAGCUGCGAAGGUUCUCCGAGAAUCUCAAGAGAAGCGUAAACGUGAAGUAGUAACGCACAAUAUAUUUGGAGCUCUUGAUAAUGCCCGAAGGAGGAAGAAAGGUAUGUUUUAAAUUAUUUCCCUUUUUUAGGCCAUCUUCAAGUAUAAGAUUGAAUUUUUAGAACAGCUUUGCGGUGAAAAGAUGAGGAUGAAUGCUAAAAUGUCUGCCAAGAUCUACGGUUUGACGGAGGAAGAUAUUAUUGAAAAGGGUGAAUUGUUUGAAGCUAUCGAAAAGAGAAAGCAAAGGAAAAUUCUGGUAGUUUCAGACGGUCCUAUGGAGAAUAUCUCGCCAAUCAAGUAGGGCCUUGUUUCAUUUUUGUUGUUAGUUUUAGAGCAUUCAGAGAAGCCGACCUUUACCAUCAGGUCAUUGCCAAUCUUGAAUCACGUUCUUAUGAGAAGCCAACAGCCAUCCAGUCAUAUGCAAUCCCUUACAUCUUAGAAUCCGAACGGGAUAUUCUGGCCAGGGCCGAUACAGGAAGUGGAAAGACUGCAGCUUUCCUAUUGCCAUUGAUUUGUAUGACGAGACAAUGGAAGAUCGACAAUGCGGAACAUCGAACGAUCAAUCAGCAGAGUCCUCACGUUGUUGUACUUACUCCGGCGAGAGAGCUGGCCCUCCAAAUAUACCGAGACGCUCUUUCCUUUUGUCGAGGUAUGGUCGUCUGGUCCUUUUACGCUUCAAUUUUGUAAAAUUCAGGUACUGGUCUCCGCAUAUGUCUUGCCAUUGGAGAAGUAAACAUGUUGGAUAGUAUCAGAAUGAUCGAGAAUGGCUGUGAUAUACUGAUUGGAACUCAAGGUCGGGUUGUGCAUUACUUCUUUGGCGUCGACAAUGCGGGAAAAUUUGUAAGAAGCUAUUUUUUAUUUAUGUGUUGCUUUAGUCUCAUCUGAACUUUGAUAAUCUGAGAUGUUUGGUAUUGGAUGAGGUAGACCGCGUUCUCAGUGAUCCCAAUUAUUACACAAUGCUGAGAAAGUUCACGAGCCGGUUUGUAAGCUGCGUAAUCUGUUUUAUUUGGCUUUAGAAAGACUUGCAUCACCAAGUUCGAGUGAUUAUGUUUUCGGCGACCUUGGAUCUGAAUAAUUUCGGGAUGUUCUUGCGAAAGGAUCAUUAUAGGAUAAUUUCAGGUGAUACUAAGAUUCCUGUCGACACUGUUGUCCAACGUUUUAUCAAUGUGGUAGGUCUCUCAUUUUUACUACUUGUUCUAUUCGGUUUUAGAACGCAAAGAAAGGCGUAACGAAGGUUGAUUAUCUCCUGGAACUCCUCAAACUACAAGUCGGUAGGAUCAAGAAUGACUCUGGAAAUGUUGAAGGCACGGUGCUUCGGGUACCGAAAACGAUCAUAUAUGUUAACAAGAAGCGAAUUGUUGAUUACCUAGCAGUCAGAUUGGUGAUGAAUGGAUUCCGGGCUCUCUCUUUGAGUGGAGAUCUUCCAAUGGAACGACGACUCACUGCAGUGGAGAGCAUAAAGUCCGAUGAAGUCGAUAUUCUGGUAACAACUGAUGUUGCCUCUCGAGGAUUGAACAUUCCCAAUGUAAAACAUGUUAUAAACUAUGAUCUACCCAGCAUGAAUUUCUUCGAAUAUGUUCACCGAAUUGGAAGAUCUGGAAGAUUGGGCCAUGUGGGAAGAGCAACCUCAUUCUUUGACCCCCUAAUAGACAAAGAAAUAGCGGUCUUUCUGAAAGAUGUAAGUUACGUUGCAAGUAUUUGACUUGACUCUUUAGAUCCUUUGCCAAGUCCAACAACCUGUCCCUGAUUUUGUGGAGAAGGCGUCGAGGGCUAUAGAUAUGGAGUUUAUUUAG